AUGAAGAAUAUUUUAUUUGGAAUAUUAACAAGCAAAUUAAUGAUUUGUGUCAGAAAAAUUUAUGGAAAUAAACGUGAUGAUAAUGUAAUGUGCUUAGAAAAAAUUUUAAUUGUGAUUGAUUCAUUCCAGUUUGAUUUAAUUGCAAUUAAUAAACACCUCUUGGAAUAUGUAAAACAACCAGUAUUUUUAUUAGAAGACAUAAGUGAUUUGGAUAAAAACAAAAUUUUUCAGCAUGUUCAAAAAAUUGAAUCAAUAAUUAAAACUUUUAAUGAAGAUAAACCAAUAAUUAUGAAUGAAAAUUUAAAAUUAUUAUUACAAAAUAAAAAAGAUAAUCCAUUUACAUUUCAUGCAUUUGGAAAGCUUAAAACGGGGUUGGGAAAAAAGCUGUUAUCUAACUAUAUUAUUUAUCCCCAGACAUCUAUCUUUAGAAUUUUUCAGAAACAAAAAAUAAUUGGCAAAUUUUUAAAGAAUAAUUCGUUAGCUGAUAAGUUGAGUGUAAUCUUAGGAAACUUACCUGAUUUUAAUAGCAUGAUAAAUGAAUAUCAAAGGAUUUAUGUCCAACUUAAUACUUUUAAUGAUUCAGAUGAUGAAAACUACCAGUUUGAUAUCUUUAAUAACAACGAUAAUUAUAAUCAAGUAAAAAAAGUACAAAGUGUAUCAAUGAUAAAGAAAUUAUUCUCACUGUUCUUAGAUGUUGAAAACAUUAACUAUUGCUUAAGACAAUUUAAAAUUAAAGAAAUUGAUGUACCUGAGGAUAUUAGAAUUAAAAUAAACAAUAUUGUAUCUUUCAGUUAUGAUUCAAGAAUUAACCCUUUAUUAAAUAGCAACAUUGUAGAUUUUGUCAGAAAAGGAGUAUGCAAAGCUUUAGACGUAGCUAGAAAAAUUUAUCACGAGAAUUUAAGAAGAAUUUACCUCAAAAUUGAAAAGUUUGUUGAUAUGCACAUGUAUAUUCACAGAGAUGAAAAACUAGGUAUUUGUUUAAGAAGAAAUAAAAGAAUAACUGUUAAUAAUAAUGAGAUUGCAGCCAAGAUGCAGUAUGAAAAUCUAAAAAUAGUAAAAGAAACAAAAGUAUAUUAUCUUUAUUCUAAUUUGGAAUUAAAAAUUCUAAAUUUUAAGAUUAAUGAAACAUAUGAAACCAUAAUUAACCUUUCAUCAAUGAUUACCAAUGAAGUUGUAUUGGAAAUUUCAGGAAUAUUUAAUUUUCUAACAACGCUUGGUGAGAUCAUACCAGAGAUUGAUGUUUGCUUAGCUAUAGCAUUAUCAUUUAACAAAUAUAAAUGCUAUAACUUUCCUAAUAUUACAACAAACAAAUUAUUAAUGAAAAAUUCAUAUGACGUUUUUAUUAAAGAACCACAUCCACAUAAUUACUUAAUAUCAGAAAAUAGAAGAUUUAAUAUUAUUUCAGGUCCUAAUGCUGUUGGUAAAAGCUCUUACGUAAGACAGUUGUUUUUUAAUUUUAUAUUCUGCUAUUUAGGAGCCCCUCUGCCAACUGAAUACUCUGAGUUGCCAAUAAUAACUAGUAUUUAUUUUAUAGAGACAAUAGAUGAUUUAACAAGUAUUAAAGAUUCUAUUAACAAACACACCUUAAUAUUUGUUGAUGAGUUAAGAGUACCACUAGCACUUGAAAAAUACGUUUUAAGAUUUUUACUUAAUACAAAUGCUAUAGUGUAUUACAUUACACAUAAUUUUACAGCUCUUGAAGUAGCUAAAGCUAACAAGUCAAUUAACUUAAUAUGUCUAGAUGGAUUUAAAUCUUUCGCGGGUAUAAAUACUAGCUCCAAUGCCUUACAACUAUGUAAAGAUUUCUUCAACCCAGCUUUUAUGAAGAACGUGUAUGUAUAUUAUGAUGUGUUAAAAACAAAAGAAAAUAACGAAGAACUUAAUGUUCAUGUAAAUACAACAAAAGAAUUUUAUGAUUCUCAUCUCAACUAA